CCAACUCGGAGCGGAGACGCAGAGACUGACUGACGGACUGACGGGCUGCUGUUGCUGCAGGGGACAAACAUGUGGCUUCGAGAAGAGCUCCUGAAGUCCGUGUGGCAUGCCUUCACUGCCCUGGACGUGGACCAUCGCGGGAAGGUGUCCAAAUCUCAGCUAAAGGUGCUGUCAUACAACCUCUGCACGGUGAUGAAGAUCCCUCACGACCCUGUGAACUUUGAGGAGCAUUUCAAUGAUAACGAUAAGGGACCUCUGUCCAACGAGGGCUACAUGCCUUACCUCAACAAAUAUGUCCUUGACAAGGUGCAGGUAGACUUCGAUGUGGUGGAGUUCUACAGGAUGUGCUGGACGCUGUGUUACAAGAAAAAGAUUCACACUCAACGUCUGCUCAUCUCAGACAAUGAUGCUUUCAGAGUCUGGUGCAUUUUCAACUUUCUGUCAGAGGACAAAUAUCCACUGGUCAUCGUUGUUGAGGAGGUUGAAUAUUUCCUUGGAAAGCUGAUUGAGGCCAUGGGGAUGGGAUGGACAGAGGAAAGGUUUGCAGAUUACAAGCUGCAUCUGGACACAAAGAGCAGCCUGAGCGUCUGGGAGCUGAUUGAACUGGUGGGGUUGAGUUACUUCAGCAAGGUCGUGGAGCGCCACACUCUGUCCAUGGGCAUCAGCGAGGUCUUCAACGAACUCAUACUGGAUAUGCUCAAGCAGGGUUACAUGAUGAAGAAAGGCCACAAGAGGAAGAACUGGACCGAGCGGUGGUUUGUCCUGCGUCCCAGCACGCUGUCAUACUACGUCUGUGAGGACCUGACGGAGAAGAGGGGAGACAUCAUUCUGGACCAAAACUGCUGCGUGGAGUCUCUGCUAGAUAAAGACGGGAAAAAAUGCCUUUUCAUUAUCAAGUGCAUUGAUAAAAGCUUUGAGAUCAGUGUCCUGGAGAAAAAGAAGAAGCAGGAAUGGAUUCAAGCCAUACAAACGUGCAUCCAGCUGCGGAGCUUGGGGCUGUUGUCUCCUCACCGCGAGGCUCUGCUGAGGCGCCGCGAGCUCCGGCAGAAGCAGCAGGUGGAGGAGGAGGACCUGGAAACGAAGAUGAUGAAGCUCCAGGUGGCCAACGAGAACAAGCAAAGACAGCUGGAAGACAUGAGGAUGAAAAUGGAAGAAGUUGCGGCUAAGGCAGCACAAGAGGAGCUCAUGAGGAAGAAGACCGAGUUAGACCUACACGAUCGCUACAGACUGGACCUGGAGAGAGAAAAAAUGGUGCGCCAGCAGAUGGAGGAGCAGGUGGCUCAGAAGUCCAGCGAGCUGGAGCAGUAUCUGCAGCGCGUCCGGGACCUGGAGGACAUGUACCACCGGCUGCAAGAGGCCUUAGAGGAGGAAAGGCAGGCCAAGCAGGAUGAGGAGGCCAUGCGAAAGCUGCAGGCCAGGCUGUUGGAGGAGGAGGUAGCGAAGAGGGCAGAGCUGCAGCAGAUCCACCUGCAGCAGCAGAUGGCGCUGUCUCAGACGGAGGCGGAGAAGCGGGAGCUGAAGGCCGAGCAGCUGGCCAAGGAGAGGGACCUGCAGGCCGCAGCGCUGCAGCUGGAGACGCUGCAGAACGAGCGGCAGGGUGCGCUGAAGCAGUACGAGGAGGUGACGAGGAACCUUGAGCGAGCAGCUAACAAGACUAAGAAAUGGAAAGACAAGGUGGAAAAACACGAGGGUCUGGUGCGUCUCAUCCAGCCAGGUCAUAAAGGUCCUCAGAAGAUGACAAACUGGGGUCUGGCCUCGGUCACUGACAUUGAGCUGGAGCAGAGGAAGAAGAUGUGGCAGCAGAGGAAGAACCAGGGAGCCGAGACUCCUCUGGAUGGAUGACGAGGAAGCCUCUGGUUGAAUCUGAAACAAAUCUUUGUUCACGCGACACAGUAGCGAGUAGGCAGUUGACAGAUUGAACAUCUGUCAUUAAAAUUAAACAACCGACAGUACAUUUAGUGCACUGUGAAUAGGCAGUGAUUUUAGACUCGUCCUCUGACUGCAGUAAAUCAUCACAUCCCUGAAACUGGAUGAUAAAAUCAACCAACUGAGCUACAUGAUGCCUUCAAACCUGCAUUUCUGUUUUUAUCUUGGUUACUGUUAAAGUGUGUUUCAUCAAUUUACUCUAUAACAAAACUGUUGAAGAAGCCUGACAAUGAAGCAAAGGUACGGGGCGACUAGGAAGUUCAUCUUGUUCUUCUUAUCUUGGACAUUGUGAUCGGUGGGUUUUUGAGACAAAGUGCCUAAUAGGUGAGUAAAAACUGUGACUCUGAAGAUUUUGUUACCAGAAAUCACUUCAUUUUCUAUCUUAUCUUACAUAAAUUGUAGAAUUGUAGAUAAACUGAAGAAGAUUAAUAGAAAAGUCAUCAUCGUCUGAAUGAGUGUUCACUAAUGUUGGUUGUCAAAUGUCUAAAAAGGCUCUUAAGGUCCUCAGGAGAUUCCCUCAGUAUUCAGAGGCAGUUUACCUGGUUACUAUAGACCUUAUAAACUGAUGAAAUCAAAAGGUGUGUGUUUCUUCAAUCAAAAUUUUAUAUUUUCAUUCAUUUUUCUAUAAUUUGCAGACUCUUUUAAAUGUGUUCUUUUACUCUCAGCUCACCUGCUGUUCAGUUAGCUACUUUACAAUGUAAUGUUUGGUUUAAACGUGUCAUUGUCUGUGCUGUCAUUUGCAGUUCUAACAAAUAUAAUUGAAAAUAAAAGUC